ACUUAUCUUCCUUGACCGGAGUUCCCAAGUCAUCGAAGAACUCCAUCAAAAACUGGAGAAAAAUGGCAUCCCAAGCCUCAACAGGUUACAGCAGAGCUAAGGAGCUGAAGAAAUUCGAUGAGACAAAAGCCGGUGUUAAAGGACUUAUAGAUGCCGGCACAGUAAACAUCCCCAAGAUGUUCAUACGACCAGCAGAGGAGCUUUCCCAGGAGGUCAUCAUCAAUUCUACACACACAAACAACAACAUCCAAGUUCCCAUCGUCGACCUAAGUGGCAUGGAAGUCGAUAGCCGGCGUAAGGAGAUGGUGGACCAAAUUAAGAUUGCAUCAACAGAGUGGGGUAUUUUCCAAGUAACCAAUCAUGGGAUCCCUUUGAACGUGCUGGAUGAGAUGAUAGAUGGGGUGCGUAUGUUUAACGAGCAAGAUUUGGAGUUGAAGAAAGAGAUGUACAGUCGUGACACCACAAAGCCAGUAAGGUUCGACUCCAACACUGAUUUGUAUACAUCAAAAACUGCUGAUUGGAGAGACACUCUCUUCCUUUCUUCCUUCCGUUCUGAUCUUGACCCCAGCAAAAUCCCAGCAGUGUGCAGAGUAUGUAAAGCAUAACAGAAGGUUAGGAGAAACGUUGUUCGAGUUGCUGUCGGAGGCACUCGGACUCCGAUCAGACCACCUCGGCUCGAUGGGGUGUGGCAAAGGGUGUAGCAUCGUGUGCCAUUACUAUCCGCCUUGCCCCCAACCCGAACUGACUUUGGGAGUGAAAAAACAUACGGAUCCAGGCUUCUUGAACGUGCUUUUGCAGAAUGAAAUCAACGGUCUCCAAGCCCUUCACAAGGGCCAAUGGUUAGAUGUUCACCCCACUCGAGGGGGACUGAUUGUAAACAUCGGAGAUCUUCUUCAGGUCAUACAAUUCCAUAUUCUGAUUUGGUUGAGAUUCUUGUUUCCAGAUAGCCACUAACUCAUAAGUUGUUUAUGGCAAAUUAUAUCAAAUGACAAG